GGCCGCCGGUGCCGCUCGUCCCUCGGUGGAGCCGAGACCCCGUCCCGCUGCUGCACGUCCCGAGAGGAGCCCCUGCCCGUCCUGUCCCGUCCCGCUGUCCCCGCGCCUGGGAACCUCCAGGCUUAAGUAGCCAAAGAUGAGUCGUGGAUUGUCAGAAAAUAAUAACUUCCCCUAUGACAACAACCAAAUGGUUUUGGACAUGAUCCUGUGUUCCCUAAUCGGCGUUCCUCAGCCCAUCAACUGGGACAGUGUGGCAAGGCUGGUUCCAGGAUACACAUCCAAAGAAUGUGCAAAAAGGUUUGAUGAACUAAAAAGCAGUGGAAGUUCACCUGUUGACAACCAAUAUAAUCCCCUGAUGGCUGCUGGUGGGAGUCCUGUGGAAACUUUAGCUACGUACAUCAAAUCCUCCUUGCUCGAUACACAGACAGAGUUGGAGGAGCCUGCUAUUGGGCAGGAUUCCAUUACUAUAACUGGAAGGCCCAGUGCAGCCUCCACAAGGAGUUGUUCUUCAGAAUCUGAGAAAGGUCCUGUACAUAACAGUGGAGAGAGCACUGAUGAAACCCAGGGGCCAAAUAUGGUGAUCCAUGUGUGUGAUGAAGCCAAAAACCUCAAAGAAGAUUUUGUGUGUCCCAGAGACCUUUUGGUUUCAGAGAUGAAAUACUUUGCUGAGUACCUGUCAGUGGAUGCCCAGCGCUGGGAGGAGGUGGACAUCUCUGUGCACUGUGAUGUUCACAUCUUUGACUGGCUGAUAAGAUAUGUCAAAAGGAACUCCAAAGAGUCUGAGGCUAAUGAAAUGCCCACUUUAGAACCAUCAAAUGUCAUCUCAAUCCUUAUUUCUUCUGAGUUUUUGAAGAUGGAUUCAUUAGUAGAGAAAUGUAUUCAUUAUUGUCACAAAAAUAUGAAUGCUAUUGUAGCCACACCGUGUAACAUGAACUGUAUCAAUGCUAAUCUUGUUACACACAUUGCUGAUCUCUUCAGGCACAAUGAGUUGGAAGAGCUGAAGGACAAAAGAGACAAAUUUAAGAGUAAACUUUUCUGCAAGAAGAUUGAGAGACUGUUUGAUCCAGAUUAUGAAAAUCCAGAUUCUAGAGGAAAUGCAGCAACUUUAUACAGGUGUUGUUUAUGUAAAAAGCUGCUAACCAAAGAAACUGAAAGGAGAAUUCCUUGUGUACCAGGAAAAAUCAACAUAGACCAACACGGGAAUAUUGUCUAUGUUCAUAUAAGAGACAAAACGUGGGAAGUGCAUGAGUAUUUAAUUGGCCUUCACGAGGAGCUGAAAUCCUGGCGGGAUGUUUAUUGGCGUCUUUGGGGGACUGUCAACUGGCUGACCUGCUCAAGAUGUAACCAGCCUUUCCUGUGCACUGAGUUCUCCCACUGCCAGUACCACUCGCAGCCAGUUCUUUAUCCAGGUGUAGCAAGUGCUCUGGGCUCCACUGGCACAGGAGUGUAUCCCUGCUGUAACCAAAAAGUUCUUCGCUUUGACCCUACAACCCUCCCAAAGGGCUGCAAAGUGAGGGAUCAUGUGGUGGAGUUUCCUCCAAAAAGUGAAGAUGGGGAUGCUUUGCCAUCUCAAAGUGAAGAGGAGGAUACUUUGCAAUCUCAAACUGCUCAGAUCUUGAAUGAUCUGCUGUGUCAUAGAGAUGUUGUAGUUGUUCCUUUCACCAAGGAUGAGAAUAGUGAUUCUGGUAUUGGGCUCGGUGAUGACAAAGGCCUUGAAUGUGAUGUGCUUGUAGAACCAAACACACCAUGGGGCCCCAAAACUGGAGAAAUCAAUGCUUUUUUGUCUCUGAAGAACUGGACUUUGCAGCUGAAACAGCAAUCCCUGUUGUCUGAAGAGGAGGAGUACACCACGGGCUCAGAGGUCACUGAGGAUGAAGUGGGGGAUGAAGAAGAAGUGUGCAAGAAACCAGCAGGGAGAAAGGAGAAAUUAAAGAAAUCCUACAGGCACCCAAAGAAAGUGGUUUCUUCACCUGGUGUUCAGAAAAAGGAGAAGCCAUCUGAUAAGUCAACUUCCCGAGAUGCUUCUCCGUUCAUAGUGAGCAUGCAGCAGAACAAAUGGGAUGCCUCCAGGUCCCUGAGAUUCAACCAAGAUGCUCAAAGAGAAGAUGAUCAGAGAAGAAUGUCUGAGAUUACAGGGCACUUAAUAAAAAUGAGACUGGGAGACCUUGAUCGAGUCAAGUCCAAAGACAGCAAAGAAUAUGCAGGAGGCAUUUAUUCUAGACUUGAAGCUCAGAUAAAAGCCUCAGCACAGGUCAGUGCACGACAAAGCAAUGCUGAGAAGAAUCCCAGGUCAAAAGCCCGUUUUGGUCAAAGCCGUCCAACAUAAGGAGUCAUGGAUACAUUUUAACCAGAGCUCAUUUCUGCUUCCUGAAACUGCACUGCACUCUGACAUCUGGAGAAUGCACAUCUCUGAAAGCUUUUCAGUGACUUAUUUAUUACUUUAAGCCUUGUAAAUUAUUUUGUGCUAUAAAUGAA